AUGUUGGGCAAAAUCGCAAUCGCAUCUCUCUCUUUCCUGGCUAUCGCCAAGGGUCAACAGGUUGGCCGCGAGGUCGCCGAAAACCACCCCCGUCUCCCGUGGCAGCGCUGCACUCGCAACGGUGGAUGCCAGACUGUCUCCAACGGUCAGGUCGUCCUCGACGCCAACUGGCGAUGGCUCCACGUCACCGACGGCUACACCAACUGCUACACCGGUAACUCCUGGAACAGCUCCGUCUGCUCCGAUGGUACCACCUGUGCCCAGCGAUGCGCUCUCGAAGGUGCCAACUACCAGCAAACCUAUGGAAUCACCACCAGCGGCAACUCCCUCACCAUGAAGUUCCUCACCCGAUCCCAGGGAACCAACGUUGGCGGCCGUGUCUACCUCAUGGAGAACGAGAACCGCUACCAGAUGUUCAACCUCCUCAACAAGGAGUUCACCUUCGACGUUGACGUCUCCAAGGUUCCUUGCGGUAUCAACGGUGCCCUCUACUUCAUCCAGAUGGACGCCGAUGGUGGCAUGAGCUCUCAGCCCAACAACAGGGCUGGUGCUAAGUACGGUACCGGCUACUGCGACUCUCAGUGCCCCCGUGACAUCAAGUUCAUUGACGGCGUGGCCAACAGCGUCGGAUGGGAGCCCUCCGAGACCGACUCCAAUGCUGGAAGGGGUCGCUACGGCAUUUGCUGCGCCGAGAUGGAUAUCUGGGAGGCCAACUCCAUCUCCAACGCCUACACCCCUCACCCUUGCCGAACCCAGAACGAUGGUGGCUACCAGCGCUGCGAGGGCCGCGACUGCAACCAGCCUCGCUAUGAGGGUCUUUGUGAUCCUGAUGGCUGUGACUACAACCCCUUCCGCAUGGGUAACAAGGACUUCUACGGACCCGGCAAGACCAUCGACACCAACAGGAAGAUGACCGUCGUCACCCAAUUCAUCACCCACGACAACACCGACACUGGUACCCUCGUCGACAUCCGUCGCCUCUACGUCCAAGACGGCCGUGUCAUUGCCAACCCUCCCACCAACUUCCCCGGUCUCAUGCCCGCCCACGACUCCAUCACCGAGCAGUUCUGCACUGACCAGAAGAACCUCUUCGGCGACUACAGCAGCUUCGCUCGUGACGGUGGUCUCGCUCACAUGGGUCGCUCCCUCGCCAAGGGUCACGUCCUCGCUCUCUCCAUCUGGAACGACCACGGUGCCCACAUGUUGUGGCUCGACUCCAACUACCCCACCGACGCUGACCCCAACAAGCCCGGUAUUGCUCGUGGCACUGCCACCACGUACGGUGGCUCUCCCCGCGACACUGAGCAGAACCACCCCGAUUCCCAGGUCACUUUCUCCAACAUCAAGUUCGGUGACAUCGGCUCCACCUUCUCCGGCAACUAG